AUGAUACGGUCAGAAGUAUUCCGAACAAAAUAUUAUUUCUUAUUCAAUGUCGCUUUUAUACGGUACAUAAUGACAACUAAUGAACAAUUUUCAUCGGAUUUCCUACAUAAUCAAACCGAUUCAGCUGUGUCAUGUUUAUCAUCAAACGUUGGUUCCAUAACAGAUUUUCUUCUCAAUUCAACACAUUCCACAGAAAAUACUAAUGAGCAAAUUUUUGAAAAUAGUAAGCUCGAACGUUUAACGGUCUGUGAAACUGAACCACCGAGUGAAUUGAAUGUAUCGGGUAACAAGGAGAAACUAGGUCAUCGGCGUGUUGAUGAAAUUGGCAAUGUCACGUACAAACGUGUUAUGGUCGAUGAUUUGAUGAAAUCCUUGCAGACUGGUUUGAAUUAUGUUCUUGGAAAACAUCAUCAGCCUCAACGACAAGUCCUCUUUCAAGAUUUUCAACAGAUCGAAUACCAAGAUUUUCCACCACUUCUCUGUCGUCUGAUGACGUCGAUUCUCGUACAUUAG